AUCUAGUAUCAUUUAAACUUUGUCAAAUGAUAUUAAACAUGAAAUAAAAAAAAAACAUUAUUUUUUAUUCAAAGCAGCCUAUUUUAAUUUUUUUAGGGAAUUUGAAUAAAUUACUAAAUGGUCUUUUUAAAAUGCGUGAUCUAGACGGACGAAAUAACAAAAAAAAAAUUGUUUUAUUAAAAAAAAAUGUUCUUUUAAAAAUUUAGAUAAAUGCUGAUAAAGGGUACUCGUGUAAGCACAAGCCUUGAAACGAUGAUGAAAUUAAGAUAAAAUAUGUAGUGAAGAUGUUAACAUUUAACGAAAUGCUUGUAGUGCAUUUAGUGCAGUAAUAUAUAAAAAAAAGAAGUUUAAAGAUGUCCAAUAUACAGACACAGAAAAGUGACGUGAAAAUAGAAUCAAGUUCAAAAGACACAGACAACACAUCAGCAAAACGAGUGAAAAGGCCUUUGAGCCUUGACGAUGUCUUGACUAAUGAAUUGGGCUUUGGCUGGUUUCAACUACGAAAUAUCUUCUUGGUUGCUAUACCCAUUUUGGUCUCUCCUUUUGCGAACGAAUAUGUGUUUUCAGCAGCUGCAAUACCUCACAGAUGCCGAAUCCCAGAAUGUGGUGAAGUUGGCAAGGCGCAUAAAUAUGAUCCAAAAUGGAUCCUAAAUGCUGUGCCAUCGACUAGCAAAGGUUUUGACAGCUGUCACAGAUUUGCUCCUUUAUAUAUUGAAAGUAACGGAACUUUGGGUUACUGUCCUGCUAAUCUGUUUGAUAAUACCACAACAAUUGAUUGUGAAGCAUUUGUAUACGCUAAUAACAACACAGUAGUAUACGAAUUUGAUCUCGGAUGCCAAAAUUGGUUGCGAGCUCUGGCAGGGACAUUGAACAGUAUAGGUACCCUAUUGGUAUUACCUAUAACCGGUUAUAUUUCUGAUCGUUUUGGCAGAAGGAUAGCUCUUAUCAUCAGCGUCCUCAACCUGGGCGCCAUUGGUCUCAUCCGCGCAUUCUCUGUCAAUUACACAAUGUACCUAAUACUUCAAAUUCUGCAGACAACUCUUGGGGCCGGUACAUACAGCAGUGCUUACAUUUUCGUUACAGAACUGGUUGGGCCCAAGUAUCGAGUGCUCAUAAGUGCUACGUCCUCUUCAUUACUGGGCCUUGGUCAGAUGACUCUUGGUGGUGUAGCAUGGCUAAUACCACCUUGGCGGACUCUGCUAAUAGCUUUGCAUAUCCCUUGCUUCUUUAUUCUAUUCUAUUUCUGGAAACUCUCUGAAAGUUUGAGGUGGCUGCUUUCUAAAAACAAGCACUCAGAGGCUAAGGAAAUUUUACUGACUAUUGCAAGAGUUAAUAAAAAGAAUAUCAGCGAGAAGUCGCUAAACGCUCUUUUACAGGAAAAGGAGCAUGAUGUUGUCCCAUCUCAAUCGGCGGGACCUGGCUUAGUACGGUCUAUACUAAAUUCUUCAGUUUUGCGUAGAAGAGUUUGCAUAACACCAAUUUGGUGGAUCACAUCAAUAUUAGUGUACUACGGAUUAUCCAUCAACUCCACCGGCCUCUCCGACACCAUGCAUUUGAACUAUAUAUUGACGAGUGCCAUUGAGAUUCCUGGAUAUUACACAACAGUCAUUGUUUUGGACAAUGUCGGGCGAAAAACUACGUUAUCAUCUUGUUAUUUGGUCUGUGCUAUUUGCAACAUUGCUUUUGUGUUUAUUCCUAACGAAAUGACUGCUACUCGUCUAAUAAUAUAUUUGAUGGGAAAAUUUAGUAUCUCAACUGUAAUGCCAUCUAUGUAUUUGUACACAUCGGAGUUGUACCCAACAGAAUACAGACAUACAUUUCUCGCUUUCUCUUCUAUGGUCGGUCGGGUAGGGUCAAUAGUAGCACCACUUACACCUGUACUUAAGGAGUAUUGGCACGGGAUCCCGUCCUUCAUGUUCGCCAGCAUGGCCAUGCUGUCCGCGCUGUUGGUGUUCACUCAGCCGGAGACGCGCGGCCUGAAGAUGCCGGACUCCUUAGCUGAAGCUGAAGCCAUUGGGAGAUCAGCAUUCACUGUAAACAAGAAAGCUGUACAACAUACUGAAAUAAAGCAAAGUUAAUCUUU